AUGGGUCAAUCUCAUUCCAAGGGCAAUGCUGGCCCAGGGGAUUCGCUACAGUCGUACCCAUCUUUCUCCAAAUCUGAUACCAAAGAGUCCCUCCGAUCCUUUCGAGGGUCGAUCCGGUCGAAGAUCCGAAAUACUGACAGUCCCCGUGCGUCUACGUCGGCGCUGUCCUCGGAUGACAAGUCGGAUGUAGGCUCCGUGAAGUCUUUCGGGAGCAGGCGCAGCUCCACAAAUUUGAGUCGGCCUGCAUCAGCCGAUUCUGAAUCUCAUUCUCCCACAGAUGCGCCGGAUCCACCUCCCUCCCCUACCAUGUCAACCAGCUUGAAACGAGGUCACCAAGAUGUAAAUGCCAUGAAGCAGAGUGGUGAGGUUGACCACGUCUCGGAUGCUCCGCCGUCCACCGCGCCGCCCCCAGGGGCGCAAGUCAAAGCGGGCGAAUCCAUUCUUAUCAAACGCGAGGAUCAGUCGAAUCCGAUUCUAGAUUUUAUCAUGAAGACACCGCUUCACUCUGAUGCAUCCUCGUCUCCGGGUAUGGGAAUGGGCGCGCUGAAGUCCAUCGAUCUCGAUGAUAUGAUUACUCGUCUUCUCGAUGCUGGUUACUCGACCAAGGUCACAAAGACCGUCUGUUUGAAGAAUGCGGAGAUUGUGGCCAUUUGCACUGCCGCACGCGAGCUGUUCCUCACUCAGCCUGCUCUGCUGGAACUGUCAGCACCCGUGAAGAUUGUCGGAGAUGUUCAUGGCCAGUACACGGAUCUUAUCAGAUUGUUCGAGAUGUGCGGCUUCCCACCAGCUUCCAACUACCUCUUCUUGGGUGAUUACGUGGAUCGCGGAAAGCAAAGCUUGGAGACCAUUCUUCUUCUCCUUUGUUAUAAACUAAAAUUCCCCGAGAACUUUUUUCUCUUACGCGGUAACCACGAAUGUGCAAACGUGACUCGGGUGUACGGCUUUUAUGACGAGUGCAAACGGCGGUGCAAUAUCAAGAUCUGGAAGACAUUCGUCGACACCUUCAACUGCCUACCUAUCGCUGCGACCGUGGCUGGCAAGAUUUUCUGCGUUCAUGGUGGUCUUUCGCCGAGUCUCUCUCAUAUGGAUGAUAUCCGUGGGAUUGCGCGCCCGACUGACGUACCCGAUUAUGGGCUGCUCAACGACUUGCUCUGGAGUGACCCUGCGGAUAUGGAAGAAGAUUGGGAGCCCAAUGAGCGCGGAGUCAGCUACUGCUUCAAUAAGAACGUGAUUAUGAACUUCCUACAGCGUCACGACUUUGACUUAGUCUGUCGCGCCCACAUGGUUGUCGAGGACGGCUAUGAAUUCUACCAGGACCGGAUUCUGGUAACGGUGUUUUCUGCGCCUAACUAUUGUGGGGAAUUCGAUAAUUGGGGUGCCAUUAUGUCCGUCUCUGGCGAACUGUUAUGUAGCUUCGAGUUGCUGAAGCCCUUGGACUCUGCAGCACUGAAGAGUCAUAUUAAGAAGGGACGGAAAGAGCGGAACAGCCUGCUCAACAGUCCUCCCGCUGUCGUAUCGGCCCAAAGCUAUUAA